GAUAACCCUAUUAACCAAAACAUUCUGAGCAUGUUCUUGAAAAAGAAGAAGAUCAAGCAUCAAACGGCCAAAGAUGGAGAAGAGGCGGUGAAGAAGUGGAAGACCGGCGGGUUCCAUCUGAUCCUCAUGGAUAUCCAACUCCCAGUCAAGGACGGCAUCGAAGCGACGCGCGAAAUCCGGGACUUGGAACGCAACUCCAAUAUCGGUGUUUUCCCCAUGACGCCUGCGACCGAGAUGCCAUCGCGGCAACUUUCGCUCGGCUCGCUCGGCGCGAUCCCCCCCUCCCCGCUCCGGUCCAGCGUCAUUAUUGUCGCACUGACAGCGAGCAGUCUGCAGACUGAUCGUGUGAAUGCGCUGGCGGCGGGGUGUAACGAUUUCUUGACGAAACCGGUGUCGUUGAAGUGGUUGGAGCAAAAGACGAUCGAGUGGGGGUGUAUGCAGGUGAGUACUGGCUUUGGUCGACAGAGGGAGUCGUAG